GGGCCCUCCUACAGACCUGCCCCAGACUCAUGCCCCGCCCAUCCUAAAGUAGGCGAAAGGUCGGCGGGGCCGGCUUGCUGCUGGGGCACCGGAGCAAGACCGCCGGGAACUGACAGGCAGACAGGCAUCCAGUCAGACUACUGACCAUGGCAAACGAGUCGAAGCCCAUCAGCCCGCUCAAGAACCUGCUGGCCGGCGGCUUUGGCGGCGUGUGUCUGGUGUUCGUGGGGCACCCUCUGGACACAGUCAAGGUCCGACUCCAAACACAACCACCAAGUUUGCCUGGACAGCCUCCCAUGUACUCUGGAACCAUUGACUGUUUCCGGAAGACUCUUGUUAGAGAGGGCAUCACAGGUCUAUACCGGGGCAUGGCUGCACCCAUCAUUGGGGUCACCCCUAUGUUUGCUGUAUGCUUCUUUGGGUUUGGUUUGGGGAAGAAACUACAACAGAAAUCCCCAGAUGAUGUGCUCAGCUACCCACAACUGUUUGCAGCGGGGAUGUUAUCUGGUGUGUUCACCACAGGAAUCAUGACCCCUGGGGAACGGAUCAAAUGCUUAUUACAGAUCCAGGCUUCUUCAGGAGAAACCAAGUACACUGGUACCUUGGACUGUGCAAAAAAACUGUAUCAGGAGUUUGGGAUCCGAGGCAUCUACAAAGGGACUGUGCUUACCCUCAUGCGAGAUGUUCCAGCCAGUGGGAUGUAUUUCAUGACAUAUGAAUGGCUGAAAAAUGUCCUCACUCCAGAGGGAAAGAGUGUCAGUGAUCUGAGUGUACCUCGGAUUCUGGUGGCUGGAGGCUUUGCAGGGAUCUUCAACUGGGCUGUGGCAAUCCCCCCAGAUGUGCUCAAGUCUCGCUUCCAGACUGCACCUCCUGGAAAAUACCCCAAUGGUUUCAAAGAUGUGCUGAGAGAGCUGAUCCGAGAUGAAGGAGUCACAUCCUUGUACAAAGGGUUCAAUGCAGUGAUGAUCCGAGCCUUCCCAGCCAAUGCAGCUUGUUUCCUUGGCUUUGAAGUUGCCAUGAAGUUCCUUAAUUGGGUGGUCCCCAACCUGUGAGACUGAAGGCUACUCAGGGAUUCUGGAUGCUGGAAACUAUCGUUGAGGAGAAGCAGUGGGCAGGAUGAGGCAGUCCUGCAGGGUGGGGGGAGGGGAAUGGUGGGAUCAGAGCUUCAGGCAUGGACACGAUAGAACCCUUGCCUUAAUGACAUCCUCUACCUGUAUAACUUGAUGUGCCAUUUCAAAACAUGAAUUCACUCUUGCCAGUUUAGGAAAUUUUUCAGAAUUUGGAGAUGGAAUAAGUAGCUUCUAGACCAGAUACCACCUGUGGCCAGAUUGCUACCUACUAGUAGUUGACUACUAGUCCUAAAACACUCAAAAUAUCCCUGGCUAAAGAGGUGAUGUCAGCCUCUCACUGGAGGCAUCUUACAUAUUUUCAACCAGAUGAUCAGGAACUGGGAUCUUCUUCAAUCACUAGUCAGAAAACCCAACUGAUUUAUAGGGUGCCAUCUAAUCCCAGGCUGCACAUAGGGAUGUGGACUUGAAGCCCCAUCUGACCGCUCAAGUGGACUGGGUGGAUAUGCCUAUUAACUGUUGGAUUUUGAUUAUUUUUACACAAGCAAAUAAUCAAAAAUAAAACUACAGUAGCCUAAUUUUCCAGGAGAAGGUGGAGAAUUUUCCCUCCCACACAAUGCGGAUGGACAGUCCCCGCCUGCUGGGAUAAGUGUGAAAGCCCAGGGUGUAGGGAGGGUCUUUUUUGUAUUAUCUUUCCUCAUGAGAGUACCCAGUGUCAA